UUAAGCUACACCAUUUGGAUCAAGAAAUUCCACAGUGAUGCUUACCAAAUAUCCGUUUAUGUUACGCGUAAGAUUACCAACACGAAUAAAAUCAAAUCCACCUUCAUAAAAGCAUAUAGCUUUGCCAUUAAAAAUAUGACUUGUAAAAUGGUGGCCAUUUAACAGCGCGCACUGGUUUGGCUUUCCCUUUAUCUCCCACGUUCUCUCCCACAGUCACGUGUCUCCCACACCCAAUCCAAUCUCUGCAAUGGUUCAACUUAUUCAAGAGGUCUGUAGUUCACUGUGAAGUCGAGUAGUUACUCGAUUUCCACGGAUUCUCAAUUUGUGUCCGUUUCAUUGUGGGUGUAUACGUUCGGCUGGGACUCUCUUUGCUUGUAUUUGUUAUGUCGACAUUGGGGACACUGAGUUACUACGCUGAUUCACACAUUCCACACGAGAAUGAUGAUCAUUUGGCACCGAGGUUCUCAUCCGUACCCGUAGUCGAACAGCAGGCUCGAGAGCUGACCCUACCUGAAUAUGGCGAGCAGGAGCCGUACACUUUUCAGGCCAAAUCAUCUAUUUUCGGCGCGUCGUGGAGUCCCGUGCCUGUGCAACCCCCAGGCAGUGCAUCUUUUGCAUACCACUCAUACAUCCACCAUCCAUGUUCAACAGGAGAACCAGAUGGAGCACCCGUGCGUCCCUGGGCUUUGGAACCGCUAUCUGCGUCCUUGCCUUUCACGGGAUUAUCAUCAGAUAUGCACCAUGAUAUAAAACUUGAACCAUUGGUCGGGAAUGGCGAGUGCACACUCCUAUUGCCCGAGGCUGACAACAACAACACGAUCACAGCAGAGAGGAAGGUUCCGAACGAUGCGGUUUCCAGCAAGUCACAAGAUGGAAAAACGUCGGCAGAGACGAAGCUAGAUCUAGACCCACAUAACCCUGCGUCCAACUGGCUGCAUGCGAAGUCCACUAGGAAAAAGCGCUGUCCUUACACAAAGCAUCAAACUCUCGAGCUGGAAAAAGAAUUUCUGUUUAAUAUGUACCUCUCGCGUGACCGUAGAUAUGAAGUGGCAAGACUCCUAAAUCUCACCGAGAGACAAGUCAAAAUUUGGUUCCAAAACCGUAGGAUGAAGAUGAAGAGAUGCAAUAAAGAUCGCCCUAAAGACAUUUAAAUCAAGGAAAGCUGUAAAUGUGCACUGCAGUGGAUGAAGUCAUUCCGUUAGAACCCAGUGUUUGUAAAUAAGCCUGUUUUUUCCUCAUGCACCACCACCACAACAACAACAGUAGAUUAUAUUGAUAGUAGACUACAUAUUAUAGAUAGCAUACUUUCCAUUUUGUAAUAUGGUAGAUUGAUAUUGCACAAACAUUUGAUAUGAGAGUAUGCUUGUGUGUAUAUAUUGUUGUGUCUUUGUGUACAGCUUGUUGUUGUUAAUUCUCUUAUUUAGUUUGCUUGUUGUAGGCCUUGUUAUUCGCAUUGUGUACAUUUGAAAUGUGUUAUAAGUUUUUAAAGUCCAGUUCACGAUUUCAGGGAAAAGGUUCUGCUAUGACAUAUUGAUGAUUUGCAUGAAAUUCAGAAUUUUUUAAUUGUAUUUUUUAGAAAAGAUUUAAAUACAUACUUGUAGCGCAAUGUAUCAAUGUUUAAUGUGACUACCUAGGUGUAUUUGAACUACCUAUGUAUUAAGAUGUAUUAAUUUAUUUUUUGUUAUACGUCUGAGGUGCUUCAGUGACUUUUGUAAAAUGAUUGUGCUUGCAAUGUAAUGUGAAUACAUAGAAACUGUGCA